CCGGAGCCCGGGCGGCGGGGCUGUUUUAAAGGCGCCGCGCAUCGGUGCCCGGUGUUUUGCGCCGUGUGUGAGGACAAGUGAGGUUACGGAGCAGCGACCACCGACACCGGGAGCCAUCGAUUCCAACAGAUCUACCACAAUGCCUGGCUCUCUUCCAGUUAAUGCUGAAUCCUGUUGGCCCAAAGAUGUGGGAAUUGUUGCACUGGAAAUAUAUUUUCCAUCUCAGUAUGUUGACCAGACAGAGCUGGAGAAGUAUGAUGGUGUGGAUGCUGGGAAAUACACCAUUGGGCUAGGCCAGUCAAAGAUGGGGUUCUGCUCUGACCGGGAAGAUAUCAAUUCUCUCUGCUUGACUGUGGUUCAGAAGCUCAUGGAGAGGAACAGCCUUUCCUAUGACUGUAUUGGGAGAUUAGAAGUUGGAACAGAGACAAUAAUUGAUAAAUCCAAGUCUGUAAAGACUGUCCUGAUGCAGCUUUUUGAGGAGUCUGGCAAUACAGACGUAGAAGGAAUCGACACCACCAAUGCAUGCUAUGGAGGCACUGCUGCUCUUUUCAAUGCUAUUAAUUGGAUUGAGUCCAGUUCUUGGGAUGGACGCUAUGCACUAGUUGUUGCUGGAGACAUUGCUGUGUAUGCCAGUGGAAAUGCUAGGCCAACAGGUGGAGCUGGUGCUGUUGCCAUGCUGGUUGGUCCAAAUGCUCCACUAAUUUUUGAGAGAGGCUUGCGUGGAACACACAUGCAGCAUGCCUAUGACUUCUACAAACCAGACAUGGUCUCUGAAUAUCCUGUAGUUGAUGGCAAGCUCUCCAUACAGUGCUACCUCAGUGCAUUAGAUCGCUGCUACACCGUCUAUCGGAAUAAAAUCCACGCCCAGUGGCAGAAGGAGGGGACAGACAGACGUUUCACCCUGAAUGACUUUGGAUUCAUGAUCUUUCAUUCUCCCUACUGUAAACUGGUACAGAAGUCUGUGGCUAGACUCCUGCUAAAUGACUUUCUCAGUGACCAGAACCCAGAAACAGCAAACGGUGUUUUCAGUGGUCUGGAAGCUUUCAGGGAUGUAAAACUUGAAGAUACAUAUUUUGACAGAGAUGUGGAAAAAGCUUUUAUGAAAGCUAGUGCAGAACUCUUCAAUCAGAAAACCAAAGCUUCAUUACUCGUGUCCAAUCAGAAUGGAAAUAUGUAUACCCCUUCAGUCUACGGUUGCCUUGCCUCUCUUCUAGCACAGUACUCCCCAGAGCAGCUUGCGGGACAGAGAAUCAGUGUGUUUUCCUAUGGCUCUGGUUUUGCUGCCACACUGUAUUCCAUCAGGGUUACACAGGAUGCUACUCCUGGUUCUGCGUUGGACAAAAUAACUGCCAGCCUUUCAGAUCUCAAAGCAAGACUUGACUCAAGAAAAUGUAUUGCACCUGAUGUCUUUGCUGAAAACAUGAAGAUUAGACAGGAAACACAUCAUUUGGCCAAUUAUAUCCCGCAGUGUUCGGUAGAAGACCUCUUUGAUGGAACAUGGUACCUCGUGCGUGUGGAUGAAAAACACAGGAGAACUUAUGCGCGGCGCCCACUCGUGGGUGACGGACCUCUGGAGGCAAGAGUCGAAGCUGUCCACCCAGGCAUUGUUCAUGAGCACAUCCCAAGCCCUGCUAAGAAAGUGCCAAGAAUCCCUGCAACAACAGAAUCUGAAGGCGUUACUGUUGCCAUUUCCAAUGGGGAGCAUUAAGAUGCCUCUGUGAGGUGGGGAAUGGAACAAGAUGUGAGGGUAGAGUGAGAGAGAAAAAUUAAUUGGUCACAGUAGUGCAGAAGUUUCAGUGUACAGUAACUCAUUGGAGCAUUGGGAAAAUGGGGACAAUGUGCAAGCUCCUUGAAGAAAUUUGUCUCAGCGUGGUGUGCUGAUAUUGACAGUAUUUUGGAACACUAAAAUCAUGAAUACAUUGGAAAUGGAGGGAUUUACCAGGGGCUGUUUUGGAUCCCUUAAGAUGUCUGAUUUUUUUUUUUUUUUUGAUUACUGAGUAGUAGCUGUAGACUA